AUGAUUAUAUAAUUUUAAUCAUUUGUUUUUUUUCUCUAUAACAGGGUUCCCGCGGGGUCUUAAAAAGCCUUAAAAGCAUUGAAUUUAUUAAUUUGGAAAUAAUACCUUAAAAAGACUUUAAAAAGUCUUGAAUUUUGAUGUCUGGGUCUUAAAAAUUGUGUUGUAUGCAACUUCUCCGUAUUGUAAUUUUCCUCAAAAGUUUCAUUUGUUAACCACGAUUAUUUUGAUUAAAUGACGUAGUAUAAAUAAAGAGUGGCGGAACCAAUAAUUGAGAACGCAACGCAGCCCCGGGUUCACAGUACAAAAUACUGCGAACACGUAAUACUGAGAAGCGCGAAAAAUCAAAGAAAAUCUCAGCGUUCCACAGGAAAGGUUGACUGACGCCGUUAUAUUUUUAACGUUUGUUUUUACGUUAGCUAGCUACCAAUUUCAUUCUGAGGUUAUGGGGAAAUGUAAAUUUAAUGAAGCGUGGCUGGAUAAAAACUCUUUUCGUCGUUGGUUGAAACCAGUGCACAACAACGUUUUUGAGGCUUUUUGCGCCAUAUGCAAAAAAAGGAUUCAGCUAGGUACAAUGGGAAUGAAGGCAUUAGAGUCUCAUGCCAAGUCGUCCAAGCACAUGAACGCUCUCAAUGGACAAAAACAAACUCCUUCCAUCGCCUGCGUGUUUCAACCAACUAAUGUUAGCCAGCUAGCUGCUAAUAUGUCUGAAGCGGCAGCAGGAGCUAAUGUUAGCCAGCUUGCUGCUAGCGCUGCAGACCCUCCAGCUAUGACCGCAACUAGAGUGGAUCUGCGCACAGCUUUUGGGUCCACACCAACAAUGAAAGCCGAGGUGUUGUGGACUCUAAACACAAUCGCGAAACACCAGUCCUACAAUGGAAAUGAGGGUAUCUCAGAGCUUUUCAAGUGCAUGUUCCCUGACUCCGACAUCGCGAAAACGUUUACUUGCGGUCCCGACAAAACAGCUUACAUAGCCAAGUUUGGUUUAGCUAUUCACAUCAAAGAAGAACUGGUGUCCAAAGUCAACAAAUCGCCGUUCGUUCUGAUGUUUGAUGAGAGUCUCAACGAGACAACGAAAACCAAACAGCUGGAUGUGCAUGUCCGCUUCUGGAACGAGGGACAGGUUCAGUCCAGAUAUCUGGGCUCUCAGUUUAUGGGACAUUCCACUGCACAAGACCUGCUGUCGCAUCUCAAAGAAUGUAUGGACAGACUGAACCUCAGGGACUUGGUGUCCAUCUCAAUGGAGGGGCCCAGUGUGAAUUGGAAACUCUUCGACCUUUUCCAGAAAGAUCACGCUGAGCAGUAUGGAGGUGCUCAGCUCAUUUGUGUGGGGAGCUGUGGCCUACACACGCUACACAACGCAUUCAAGUGUGGGUUCACCGCAUGGCAGCUGGACAAGUUGCUGAAAGCAAUGCACACAUUGUUAGUGAAUAGUCUACUCAGACGCUUCAUAAAGAGAGAAGUCCUCCAUGAUAUCACUGCCCUGCAGCUGACCAAAUUGGAUGUCACAGACAAGACCAUCUGGCUCAGCCCACAAGACAUCAGCAUUGGUCUAGGUGCAGAGACAGUCCUUAAGGUAGUGUGA